AUGGCACCAGAUACACACCCUCACGUGCCCGCAAACCCCUCCUCCACAUCCGACAAAGAAAGUGACAAUGACAACACAAGCACAGCCACCGCGAAGCCAGAACCCCAAUCAACAGAAACAAGCUCGAGGAUGAGCACAACCCUCUCAGCUCAGCUGAUCCAAGAAUGUAACGACCUACUAUCCCAGAUCGACGCCUACCAAUCCCUCCUCGUGUCCACGCUACGGAACCCACAGCUCGUCGAGGUGCGCCAAUUCCGCUCCAGCGUAGUCUCCGAGCUGCGGAUGCUGGAGAAGCUAGGACGGCAGAUUGAGGAGGCAAUUGAAGGGACAAAUCCAGGACCAGAAACAAGUCGAACGGAAGAUGGUGUGACGACACAAGCACCUUCCAACGCGUCGGGUGACCCUGAUUUGGAACUGCGGUUGGUGCAUGCGCUUCGCUCGUCGAAUUUACCGUUCUACCAGGCUGUCUGGAGGAUCGCGAGUGGGUCUUGUUCUGGGUUGGUUGCGCUGGGGAAGAGGUUUUACUGGGAUGGGGAGACGAAGGCAACCGAGAGAAAGAAUGCGAGUGGAAAGGGGAAGGAUGGCGGUGCUGUGCGGCCGGAGAAACAGGCUAACAAAGAUAAGCGCAAGAGUGUGUUUGUGGAUAUUGUGGCUGGUGAUGGGGAGGAGUGGGUGAAAGUGUCUACUGUCUCGGAGAGUCGGCUUUUGUUUGAGAUGGCGAAGAAGGGCUGGGAGGGUGAUAGUGAUGAGGAUGAAUGGUCUGAUGACGGGGGUAAAGGGCGGACUAUUUUGCAGAAUUUUGAUGAUGAUGAGGAUGGGGAUGACGAUGAUGAGUUGGAGCUCAUUAAGCUGGCCCGGGAUCUAAAAAAGGCGUCUGAUGCUACACGCGUUAGAUAUAGACAUCCCCGGCUACGGGUUGUUAUACCUAAGAUUGAAGAAGGAAGUGUUCCUGAAAUUGACGCCGUCUUGAACGAGAUGCGGAGCUAUGGUAUUCGGGUUGACUGCCAGGGGAGUCUGCCAACAGAGAGCCCCACCGGGCUAGCACAUCUCCUGCCUCAACCGUUCAAAAAUUUCACUUCAACUCUGAAUGUCGACUGCACUUUGCUCCUUGCCUUGGUGUCUGACUUGUCUCACAUCAAGGACAUCCCGCUAUCCCCCCAUUUCCACAGGGCCAUCGUUCGACAAAUCGAAGUUGAGCGGGAAAAACCACUGCUCACUUCCGAGCUUUGGCCGGCUAUGGAUGGUCGUGAGCUUAUAUCCACCAAAGAGGCCGCAGUGCGCUUCCAGGAAAUUGUCGAAACCAUCGGCACAGAGACGGAAAAGAGCCGGGCUCGAAUGCUGCUGGGAGAUCCCCCAUACGAACAACUUGAUCGUGAGGCUCUUCUCCAGAAAUUCCAAGAAUUGUCUGAUUAUCAGGUUCCCGCAAAUUGGAGGAUUCCCAUCCAAGUGGUUGAAGCUCAGCAAGUGAUUGAUGCGGCCAAGGCACAGGGCAACCUUCAUCCAGUGGUGCAUGAAGUUGGCGAAGGCCUAUCGGAUAUCAACCGUAGCGUGUUUUUGUACGGUUGGGUCACCGGUUUGACGACUAUUUCCAGCAAUCGCACAAUCGACAAGCAAAUCGAGACCACCAUCGAGGACAGCAGGAAAGACGAUGAUGGCCUAGAAGGCCCUGACGUUUGGAUAUGUGACACCGCGCGAAGUUUGGUGGGCAAAGACAAAGAUCGAAAAGCAUAG